ACUGUAGGCGGUGCAUUCCUCGGGAGGGAGGGAGGGAGUGCGUGCGCCCGGUGCCUUCCCACACUCCGCACUGCUCUUAUUUAAUGGGGGUCUCCAUGCAGGGCAGGCGCCACAGGAGGUUUGGCGGUGCCCGGCUCCCCUCGCAGGAGCCAUGGAGAGCGCGGCGGAGAUGGGAGCGGAGGCUGCGGGCAGCGCGCUCGGAGUGGGGAUGCGGCUGCGGCAGGACCUGCGCAGGAUCCGCUGUGCGCUGCUGUUCUGCCUGCUGGCCGUGCUGCUGCUCAUGCUGCCCAUCGCCUACCUGCUGGUCGGGAACCUGAGAGCGCCCAGAUCCUGCGGACAGGUCACAGAGGAGAGGGGCUCUAUCUUCCUGAAGCAACGAGCACUGGCUGCUGUUACAGACACACUUUCCAGUGCAGAGAAGCCACGAGCUCACCUGACAGUGAAGAGGCAGGACCUGGCCAGCGCCGUGGGGAGCCACAUGCCCAUCCUGCAGUGGGAGGACAAGCGAGGCCUGGCCUUCACCAAGAACAACCUGAGCUACUCCAGCAACGCCCUGGUGAUCCCCGUGUCCGGAGAUUACUACGUCUACGCCCAGGUCACCUUCCGAGGGCCCGUGGAGAGCAGCCACAAGGCCAGCUCUGUCACUGAGAUCAUCACCAAGGUCACUGACAGCUACCCCGAGCCCACCCAGCUGCUGACGGGCACCAAGACCCUCAGUGAGAACGGCAAUGGUUGGUUCCAGCCCAUCUACCUGGGCGCUGUGGUCUCCUUGGAGGUGGGAGACAAGCUGAUGGUCAACGUGAGUGACAUCAAGCUGGUGGAUUACACCAAGGAGCACAAAACUUUCUUUGGGGCCUUUCUGCUGUAGGGCUCCGGCCUGCAGCAGGUGGUGGGGGAUCCCUCCAGGGUCAUCGGGGGGAUUUUGAAGGGUUUUGGCUUUGUGGGAGCAUGUUGGGGUGAGAUCUCUGUUGUUUGCCUUCUUCUUUUUCUUCUUCCUCUUCUUCUUCUUCUUCUGUGCCAUCACUCCCUUGCAGCUCGCUAGAGCCCUAAUUUAAUGAGUAGGGAAAGGUGGAGCUGCAGGUUGGAGUGAAAUAACCCCCCAAAAAACACAACAGAAAGCAACCAAAAACUAACUAAAAAAAGACCAAAAAACCAAAAAGAAACUCCAAAAAAACAAAAACAAAAACAAAAAAACCCCAAAACAAGCAAAAAAAACCAACAAAAACAUAAACAACACUCAAAAAAACUCAAACAAACAAAGAAAAGCCAAAUUAGAAAAAUGGAGGGAGGAAAAUGUAUUUUUGAAAGCAAAAGCUGAAAGUUCUUCAAAAGUCUGUAAGCUAAGGAGGAACAUUUGAUACCUGUGGGUAGGAAGUUUCUUCUUGAAUAUUGAGCUAGACUAUUCCCCUAAUUCCACCUUCAAUGUACAAUUUCCUCAACUCCAGAAAAUACAAGGGUUUUUGAGCUUUCUCCAAUACUUCCAGUAUAGUUUUGCAUGACCCUUCUUCAGAUUCUCCUUUCUAAAAAGUAAUUACUUCUCAUAAUUUCCUUAUGAAUACAUUUACUCAGUACUUUGCACUAACAUAAAGCUCAGGUUAAUUAUUAACUGCUUAAUUAAUCCCUUCCAACUUCCCUGUAAAGUAGAUUAAAAUUAUAUCAUGUGCUUUGCAGCAGCUACUUGAGAUUUUUGGUUUUUCCAAAAAAUUAAUUACAGUUCUCUAAGUCCCUAUACAGCCUCAAAAUAUUUUGGAAAAGAUCUAGGGAACACACAAAACACUUUCUGUUUCAGCAUGAAAGUGGAAUGUCCCCUCCAGGUCCUAACUUUAGGAUAACAGAAAAAAAAAAAAGAAAAAAGAAAAAAAAAAAAGAAAAAAAAACCCAAGGUAGAGAGAGACACAGAACAAAAUUUUGCACACUUUUAAAUCAGCGACCAAAAUUUUGGGAGAAAAUUUCUGCAAUGUUUCGCUUUCCAUUAUAUUUAAUGCAAGGCAAAUGCAACUGAAGAAAUCACUGCUUGGGUUCCAACCACAGCUGAUCGUGGCCCCAAGGGACUCCCCAGCCUUGCCCUGGGUGAAGGUUGGCCACCAGUUGUCCCCACAUGAGGUGAAAAGACCCAAAAACACGACCCUGGUGGAGCUCAGGGCUGUUUAACUUCCACCUGCACUUACUCAUUUCCACAGACCUUUCUGCCUCUCAGGGAAAUUCCCAUUUUCCCCUCUCCUCCUGCAGCAAACGCAUCUCCAGCAGUGCCUCAGGACCCUCAUGGGUUUGGAUUUACACCCUGAGCAGCCCCGAGGUCUCACAGCCAAGCACCCACCAGGCUCUGCAGCUCUCCCCUGCCUCACCUCCUUGGAUUUCCUCCAUUUCUCCACUUCUUGCCCAGAAAUGACAGCAAGGCUUCGGCCCUGAGCUGAUGUUUCCACCCAAAGCCCUGGUGGAGCCCCAGGUGCCCCCAUCAGGGGUGAGGAACUGCAGUGGUGGGGAUGAGGGGCUGUGUCUGCAGAGACGAACUGGGCACAGGCUUUGUGCUGGGGACAAGCCAUGUGAGACCCUGCAGAUUUGUCCAUGGCAAAGCCCUUCCCACCAGGAGACCUUUUAUUGCUCUAGGAAGAUCUCUUGAGCUGUCAGUGGAGCAGCUGGAGCAGGGACAGAGGCCAAGGAGAUUGGGAAGGGAAGAAAGGAGAAGAGCAGGAGGAGGAAAGGUCCAGGCAACACCAGGAUCUCUUCAUGUCUUGGUGUGAGGACCUUCCUGCUGACAUGAAAACUGGCAGGUCUUUUGUGGUAAAUCAUCUCAAAGUGGAGGGGUUUUGCCCAUUCUUCCCUAUCCUGCAGUUCCUGGACCCCACAGUUUCAGUCCUUCCCUGUUUCAGGCACAUCACAACAUCCAGGACUUUGCCACCCUGCCCUGCCCUCUUUUCCUGCUUCCAGAUUUUCCUUGAGUCUCAUCACUGAGUGUUGGCCCCUGGCACAACUCUGCCAAUUUGGGGAGCUUGACAAAUUCCCUGCAUCAAAACCUCAUCCCAGUUUGGCUCCCCAUCCUUUCUUUGACUCAUCCUUCACCUGCCCCACAUCCACAUCUCAGCUGUCCCUUGCUCCCUCCUGCCUUCCUGGCCCUGUCCAUUAGGUGCAAGGACAUUCUUUGUCCAACUGCCAUUUUUACACUCAAUUUCUCCAGCCCACAAAGAAAAGUGACAUCUCAAAAUAGGUUUGGAUUGGAGAAAGUAAAUUUAAUUAUCCUGCAGGCAGAUGGAAACACUUGGAGUCAAGGGAUCCUCUUAGGUCUUUAUGAUCCAGAUCACUUCCAUGUUUGAGCCCUUAUUCCUAUUUUAUCUCCACCUGCCCAGCCUAGUUUUUUUAGCUAUGUUUGGAGCAGUUAUUCCCCAAUUAUCUCAUUAACACAACCUCAGCCUUGUUCUGGUGAUCCAGCUCCUUUUCAGGGCUCUCCUUCCUGCUCAGAGACCCUCUCCACCCAACCAAGGUAAAAUCUGGUGAAAUCCCCCACUCUUGGCAGUUCUAGACAAAAUUACUCCCAGUGAAACCCUGAGACUUCCCAUAACUCAAAUUUUGUGGAGUGUUCCCCCAACACCUCACACUGAGUCUUUGAUCACUUGGUUGUGUGCCCAAAGCAGGAUCUGAACUCAUGAAAACACAAAAUCUGCAGCUUUUGGAACAUGUAGAGCACUUUAGGUGACCAGCACACAAAACAACAUGGUCAGUCUCAUAAAGGAAGAUUUGAAAUCAUUUUUCCAAGACAGCUGAUUCCCAGCAAUUAGACAGGAGCUUCUGCAAAGGGCAAAAUAGUGUGAAAUUGGUUUAUCCUUGGAGGAAAUUGGAAGGGAAAUUCUCUCUCUUCUGGGAUAACUACAGUAAUUCAGAAAGCUUCUCUCUUCUACCAAUGAGCUGGUCAUUCUGAGGGCACAAGGCAAUCCUGACAGGCUGGGACAGCAGAUUCUCAGGGAAGCUGUAUCCCAAGGCACCAUCACUGAAUCCUGGUGUGCUGAACGAUGGGAAUUGUGAGGGCUGGGGCAUAGGAGUGAGGAAUGCAACACCUGGCACUCAAAGAGCCAGAAUGUGGGAUAUAAACACAACUUUUCCUUUUUUUUUUUUGGUGGAUAUUUCAUAGAAGUCCCCAGAAGUUCCUUUGGCAAUAAUGAGCCUUUUCUAGCACGGAAUUUGUGUCCACUGCACACUAAAGAUGAAUUUCAGCAGCAAAAUGUUGCCUGCUGCAGCUCCAUUCCAGGUGUGAUUCUCCAUAAUCCAUAGAAAUAUUUAUUUUAGUCCAGUUAGAGCUUUUGCACCCCAUGACCCACACCAGCUUGGAGCACAUUUAGCACACAUUUUAUAGGACAUAAAACAAUAUAUGUGGCAUUACUUGUUUUAAAGUGGUGCAGGUAUAUUGAUCCCCACAUGCAUCCUCAUGGAAAUUCUCUAUAUUCCCUUUUUUCCCCCCUUUUCAGUGCUAAUAAUGUUACUGUACCAGUGACCAGCACAUAAAAUAAGUGUUCAGGGGCUGAUUUUGGCCCUAUUUUAUAUUAGAUAUUACUCCACAGAAGUCAAAGGCAUGAAGGCAGAAUAAAGCCACUUUAGUGAGACCAAAGUCAAGCUUAGAGGGAAAUCUCUCCAAGAGACUGAACCUAAACUGUGGAUUCUCAGAUUUUUUUUUUUAAGUUAAAAAAGGACACAAGCAUUCUCAGAAACUUGUGUUUGUUGAGCUAGAAAAUAUAAAAUGUUUCUGGAGAUGUGAAAAUGCCCAGGCAUCAGCAUUUUCAAUUAAAUGAGAAGCUGGUGAGAUCUGGUCAUGGGAAGUAGUGACCUUAAAGUCUGUGGUCAAGCUGAACAUGUGCUUUGUUUUGGGAGGGGCUGUGAAACUAAAACUAUUAUUAGGAAAAAAAAAAAUGGAAUCUGGAGAAAAAAAUGUGAAAUAGGCAGCUUGAGCUAAAUGAGGUUAAACAUAUGAUUUUAGGUUUUGACCCUUCCAUUUCUUAGGAAAAAGAACCCAAAAGCACUUUUCAGAACAAAACCACUGAAAGAAGAAGUAUCAAAUUAUUAUUUAACAACUGCUCAAAAUAUUCUAGAUCUUAGGAGUUGGCUUCUUCCCUAAUCCUUUUCAUCCCCCAAAAAAGUAACACUAAGCACAACCUAAAUUCAUCAGAGUUCCUACCACUUCCUUUCCCCUUAAAAACUGAAUAUUGAUAAAUAAGCAUUAACUUUCUCUCCAUGCACAGGCAUAAAUAAAUUUAGUAAAUUUUAAUCAAGGUAUAAAGAAAGCAGCUCCAAUCCUGCCAACAUUUAUUUGUGCUAAGCACAGCCCUGAGCACGUGGCUGAAGGGGAUCAUGGUAAAAACCAGCUCCUGUUUGGAGGAUGGGAGGAGUAAAACCUGCAUGCCUCAAAUUAAAAGUUUUAAUUGUGUUUAUCCUCAGCUCCAUCAUGGUUUGGAGCAAUCUUCCAAAUCAAGGAGUGACUGCAGGGACUGUCCAGCACAGGGGUGUUGGCAGGAUCAGAGUCCAAAGGAUGGACCCAAAAAGAUGCUGCUGAGAUGAUUUUUUGGCAGGGGAUGUGAUGAGCAAACCUCUCUACAAAGGAGGUCCCCAACCAAGCCCAACAGAUUUAGGAAUUCGCUUGAAAAUUUCAACACAAUAUUCCAGAAUUUUGAAGGAAUCUUGGUUUUUCACCCCUCUAUGGCACAACUGACCACCCUGUCCUUUGUUUUAUUUGUCUUGUGAGUGGGCCAUCAUUUCAGAUGAGAAAUGAGGAGAGAAUUCAUUCUUUAGAAGAAUCAGAAAAUGUCAAGGAUCUUUGCCCCGAUGUGGGUGUUACACACCAGUAAUAGCAUUUUGCUAUUGUAAGGGAUUUUCUAGAAGGGAUUGUCUUUUGUCUUGUCCCUCAGCACUGAGAUGUAUCUUUACCAUAAGAACUGACUUAACUUCUUUAUAUUUUCCCAAGUUUUAUGAUAAUAAAAAUGCAACUUAACAAAUGCGACCACUUUUGAUCCCAGUCCCUUCCCAAAACACUAAUCACAAUUAAGAGUGACCAGCUAGUGCUGAUGUAGAAGAAACCAGUUUGAUUGUGUGUAAAUGUGUGAAUAAUCAUUAUUUCAUGCAGUUAGAGGUCCCUCAGCAGGGUGAAAUCAGGUCCAGACUUUCCAGCCUGGGAAUUUACAGACACUUGCACUUCAUAAGGCAAAAACCAUGCCCAAAAACACCUCAGCAUUUUGGGAACUCUGCAUUCCCAACUGCUCAGCUCCUGGCUGACAGACACAACCCAACCAGGAAUUUUGGCCAAAUGAGAGUCCAAAUGAAGGCAGCAGAGCCCUGGGCACUCCUAAACCCAUUCCAGCUCCAGCCUGGCUGUCCUCACCCUCCCAGCAGAGCAGCAGCAUCCCCUGGGUGUUCAUUCCUCAUCCUGGCUGCUGUUGUCUGCAAUUCCUCUGCUGCCAAGAAUGCAAAUUCCUUCCUUUCCACCAGCAGCACUGAGAGACAUUCUCCCAUUUGCCAGAUUAUUUCUUGUUCUCAAAAUUUUUGUUUUCCUGGCUUGAACUCAAGAGCAUCACAACUAAAUUGCUUCAGAAGAGGUUUCUGGGGAAGGGCUCUGUGCUCUGCCUCCUGGAAGCUUUUCACUGGAUUACUCUGGUGAAGGAAAUUUGUUUCCCCUGCUUUCCACUCACUUGCAGAUCUCUGAGAGGUUUUGUUAACAGCCUCUGUAGAUCAGCCAGGAGUUGAUUAGACACUGGGAAUCAGGCUGCUUUCCCCUGUGACACCAAAAAAAUGCUACUUGCUGUUAUGCUGGGUGGUUUUUUUUCCUUUUUAAUCCAAUAACUACCUCACAUUUAGCAAAAGCAAAACAGAAUUUUAUUAUUAUUAUUUUCUAUUUUAACUUGAGCAGAGCAGAAUUCAAUUUCACUGCCAUUUUACUCCGUGCUUUGCACAUUUGGGGUAAUAACUUGAGAUUCUUUGUGGUCUAAACACACUGAGUGUGAGCAUUGUGCUGCAUUUUGGCUUCCUUUAAUCAAAUCAAAGGUGUCUGCUCUCAAUAAAUCCAGGCUCCCUUGAGAGAGUGGAGGGGGAGAGAGGCACAUCCCUGGAAAAAAUCACCCUCUUGAUGGGUGGACAUCCUAGGGAAGGUGGGGAUCACUGAGGUGCUUCUCUCCCAGGCUGGAGAGGGAUUUUUGUGGUGUUUUUCUGGCUAAAGAUGACCCAAGCAGCUGGUGAAAGGGAAAACCCCACUGCUCUCACUGUGGGGUGGGUGGAUAAAUCCUUGUGGGGAGGGUUUAAUGUUGAAUACAGAGCUGGGCACCAAUCCUGAGGGGAGGGUGACUUUUCUCAUGCUGGAAAGGCACUGCAGGGAAUCCAUGCUGCAGGCAGGACACUGCCACAGGAGCUGGGCAUUCCCAGCUCUCCAGGACCCAACCACAGCUGGAUUGAUCCCUCCAGCCCUGUCCCCCUUCUCCCAGCUGGGAACAAGAUCCCAGGGGGCACAUCCAGCUCCGGGGUUUCCUCUGCAAGGCUUUAUCCCCAUGGAGGAUGCAGCACAAGCUGAGACAAACUGGAAAUGAUUUUCCCUCCCAGGAAUUCCAAGCCUAUAAAAUCCCAGCUGAAAGGGCAGGGAUGCGUUUCCCAUCCCCCUCAGCAUCCAGACAGGUUCCCAAAGGAAAGGAGAGCUCCACUUUUAUUUCUUGGUGAGUCCUGGUGCCAGCACUGUCUGCAGUUCUCUCCCAGAGUGUGAACUCUGCAAUGACACUUCCAAAUCCCCAUUUCCUGAUUGCUAAAUCCCUUGGAACAACACGAAAAUCAUUGCCUGGGAGAUCAUAACCCAGUUUAUUAAGCAACAUAAGUCAGCAGUGUUCGGUUUCUUUGCUGAAUUAUGAACUAAAAUAGCUUUCCAGCUGCUCUCAGUCUUGCACAAAUCUCCUUACGUUCUGCCAUUGAUUGUAGAGUUUUAUAUUAAAACGUCAAAAAAAAGGUUUGCUGCAUAUUUAUUGGUACUGUACAUAGAGAUGUCUUAAUUUUAUGGAAGAGAAAUUGUAAUAUUCACAGUAUAAAGUUUAGAUCUGUUAUACUUGAUACUAUUUCUUUGGGAAAUUAAGUUCACAGAUAGUUCUUUAAAAUGUUCUUUAUGUC